AGAAGAAGUUCACAAAAAAAUGGCUGCACAGCAGCAACCCGGUGGACCGAUUCCUCAAGUUGGAAUGCAGCAAGCUGCUACACUUCAACAACAGCAGUUGAGUCAACAGCAAGAUUUCGACCCUGUUCAUCGAUUCAAAAUGCUUAUUCCACAAUUAAAAGAGAGCCUCCAGAAUGUCAUGAAGAUUGCCUCUUUAAAUUUGGGACAUAAUACAUCAAUUGACAAUGGCAUAAAGAGCAGUGAUGCCAGUGUACAGCGGUUUGACAAGAGUCUGGAAGAGUUUUAUGCCCUAUGUGAUCAGCUGGAACUCUGCUUACGGCUUGCCUACGAGUGCUUAUCCCAGAGCAUUGACAGUGCCAAGCACUCUCCUAACCUGGUCCCAACAGCCACCAAGCCUGACACCGUGCAGACAGAGUCCCUGUCCUACUCACAGUACCUCAGCAUGAUCAAGUCGCAGAUCUCCUGCGCCAAAGACAUUCAUAACGCUCUAUUGGAGUGCUCCAAGAAAAUCGCAGGCAAGGGCCAGCCACCAGGAGUCCUGUAGAAAUGGGCAUUUCAUUAUAUUAUUAUUUUUCUAAAGUUAUUUGUAUUUUUUUUUUGUAAUGAUUGAUAAAGACAUACAAAGUUGAUUUAACUGUUUAACGGAUGCCCCUCUUCACUUUUCUUCCCCCCAAAAAUCUGAAAAGUAGCAAAAAUAAUGUCCUCGAGCAUCACGUAAUGAGAGUUACAACUUCCUCAGAUUAUGGAAAACCAACUGUGCCUCAGAUCCAGCCAGUCAUAAUUUCAACAACGCUAUCCCACUUUUGACACCAAUGGGGUCUUGACGACGUCACUAGGUGUUGAACUAAGGUUGCUAUAGUAUUUUUACAAGCCAAUGCCCUUUUUUUAUUUCGUUCGCUCGCUCGCUUCACAAAAAUAAAAUCUGUUAAACACUUAAAGCUGCAAUGCCCAGUGGUGAAACAGUGAUGUUCGUUUGCGAUAUUACGACAACGAAGUUACUGACAGACGUUUUCUUCCCCUCGACAUCAUUGCAUGCGUGACAGAAAAGCACAUAAUUAAUACUGCCAUUGUUUUUAACCAUGCUGCUCCAUGCUCCUGAGCUUGGCCACAAAAUUAAAUAAGAGGUGGGACAUCUGUGGCACCGUUUCCCGCUACUGUAACCAAAA